GUCAUGCUGCUUCGCUCAGCCGUUAGUAUUUGAAUUAUUUAAACGGUUUGGGCGGGAAAAGGAAGUGAGUCCUGCAGGAGCGCGGACCCACCCGGAUAUAGAGAGACCGGGAUAAAGAGCGCGGCGGAGACCGGGGUAACGGAGUAUCGGACCGGGACAGAGAGACCGGAAUACCGAGAGCGGCGGAGACCGGGGUAACGGACCGGGAUAUAGAGCGCGGCGGAGACCGGGACAGGUGCCAUCAUGAAAGAAAUGGAGUGCCUCUCCAACUUGCUCCAAGCAUGUACACGCAAGACAGAGGAAUUUGCCUGCUCGGUGGAUGAUAAGUAUAUGGUGUGGCUACUGGAGAUUGAAGAGGAGGCAAGAAAGAUGUUUAAUAAUGACUUUAAUGCUGAGCCUGAGCUAAUGCCAAAGACCCCGUCUCAGAAGAGGCGCCGGAAAAAAAGAACCUCAAUUCUGCCAGAUGAAAAUCAAGACGGUAAAACCCGAAGGAUAUCCAGGAGGAAAAGCAAUGCUAGCUGGAGCACAUCUGUGCGAAGGCUCUCCACAAAAUACCAAAACAAACCUGCUGACACAUCUAUUCAAGAAUUUCAAGAACCCAAGAGAUUAACUAGAUCACAAGCCAGUAAUGCACAUCCUCCUGUAGCAGAGAAGCCUUUGGAAGAAUUGCCAGAGCUAGUCCAUAAACUAGUUCUUUGCGUUAGCAUCACAGAGGAUGAUCGUAAGAGUGCAGAAAUGCACGUCACAGAUACUGUUCCUCUUGGUACUGCCCCAGCCAAGCCACCUUCCCCAGACCAUCAACUACCUGAACCAGCUUCCCCUGUAACUCCUGGAGCCAAUAGUCGUGCUAUAGGAAAAUUAAUACUGGCAAACAGUUCCACUCCAAAGCAGAUAUCUACAAAUUUAGAAACAAUAGACCUCACAAAGGUAUCUCCCCAGCCUGCUGUAGAACCAGAAAAGGAACAGAAAUUGGAUUUUUCGGACACCUGCACCACGCCUACAGGUUCACGAUCUGACAGACGUUCUGUGCGGCGCAGCCUUGUCGUUCGUCAAUCCACUGGCCAUCAUGCAUCUCUGGUGAGCAAGUUCUCCCUGGCUACCAAGCGGGACAGCAUGACUCGGAAAUCUGUGCGGAAAUCGAUACGCCGUUCCAUUUCUAAAAAAAGAGCUGCGAUGGAAUCUUCUGCAUCUAGCUACAAGAGCUACCAGAGCUCUGUUGAAAUUGUGGACGAGGAAGUCACUAUUAAAAUAAGGACUGAACCUGAGCAGACUGCCCAAGCUACAACGGAUUCCGCUCCAAAAAGCCCACGCCGCUCUGCCCGCUCUCGGUGUUUCAAUAAGAUUGCCAUCAGUAAUGUACCUGAAUCUGAUAUUUCACAGAAGAGGAUAACCCGCAGACAGUCUCAAACAGCAGCUGUUGAAGAGUCUGAUGCUCAAUGUGUGAGGAGAAAGAGUUACAAGCGAGCAGUAGAUGAAGUAUCAGAUGAUGAGCAACCAGUAGAACCAGAACUGCAGUCCCCUCCAAGAAAGAAGACUCCAUCUCCACCCUGCCCUCCUAGCAAGGUUGUGAGGCCACCUCCACAUAUGAAAUCUUUCUUGCACACUGUGCAGAAGAAUCAGCUGCUUAUGAUGACACCAGGAUCCAUUGGCAAGAACAUUAUGGUCAAAACCUUCAUUAAACGUGCUACUCCUCUCAAAACCGACCCAAAGGAGAAGGAACGCCAGCGUCUGGAAACACUGCGUAAAAAAGAGGAGGCUGAAAUUCAACGGAAACAGAAAAUAGAAGAGGAAAAGAAACGUAAGCAGGAGGAACUAAAGAUUCGGAGAGAAGAGCGGCUGCGUAAGGUGCUGCAGGCCCGUGAAAGAGUAGAGCAAUUGGAAGAAGAGAAAAAGAAGAAAAUUGAACAGAAAUUUGCACAGAUUGAUGAAAAGAGUGAAAAAGUCCGUGAAGAUCGUCUUGCAGAAGAGAAAGCAAAAAAGAAUCGGAUUGCAAAAAAACUGGAGGACGCUGAGAAUAGGCGAAGGCAAGAAGAAGAAAUGCGAAGGCUUAAAACAAAGCAAAUGGAGGAAGAGGAACGCAGAAACCAGGAGUUGUUGCAGAAGAAGCGAGAAGAGGAAGAGCAAGAGAGACUGAGGAAGCUUGCAGAAGCAAGGAAACUAGCAGAGCAACGGCAAGCAGAGCAGGAGCGUGAGAAACAAAGAGAGCAACAACUGGCAGCAGAGAGGGAACAGGAACGUCUACGGUUGGAAAGAGAGAAGGAGCGUUUAGAAAAGGAACGCGCUCUGCAGCUGCAGAAAGAGUUGGAGCGUGCAGCACAAGAGAAGGAACGGCAAUGCAGAGAGGCAGAGGAGCGCAAGAAGAAGGAAUUGCAAGAGCGUCUGGAAAAGCUGCAGAAAGACGAGACCAAGGAGCAGCAAGCAGUUGCGCAAACGUCUGCACUUAAUGUCACUGUGGAUAUGACGAAAUCACCAGUCUCUGAAUCAUAUGAAAUGACUCCAAAGGGCUAUAAGCAACCAACUACUAAAAUCAACGCAGAGAACUAUGGUAUGGAUCUGAAUAGUGAUGAUUCUACUGAUGAUGAAAGUAUGCCCCGCAAACCCAUUCCAGCCUGGGCUUCUGGCAACCAGUUGGCCCAAGCUAUGCGUCAGCAGUACUAUAACCCUAUUGAUGUGAACAAAUUGUGUGGCACUAUUGAAAAUCCAAAGCUAGAGGACAUAUUUAAUAAGAGCAAGCCUCGCUACUUCAAGCGCACCAGUUCUGCUGUAUGGCACUCUCCCCCAAUGAACAGCACCCGACAGCAUCUUGCUGUAGGCUAUGGCCUAAAAAAAUUCUGAAAUGGGAAUGUGGACUUGCUCCUACCCAGACUACUGCACGCUGCUCCCCCAUUCUACCUGUCUGUCCUGUCUUUUUUUGUGUGUUUAGUAGUUAAUUAUUUUUAUUGUAUUUACUUAUAUGGUAGACCAUUCUUGUUUAUAAAAAAAAAAAAAAACGUUUCUAAGUUUGAAGUUUUAUAAAACUUGUUGAUCCUGGACUGCAAUUGUAUCAUGCGUUGGUGAUUGAAAGAAUAUCCUAUAUGUGCUGUACAAUACAAACGCUGUGAUAUUGCUGUUUGACCGGUCUAAAGGCAGUCCUGCUGUGGAAAUGGUGACAUUGCAGCACUUUAAACAGUCAUCUGUAUAGAUCCACGUUGGCCAGCUUAGUCUCUCCAGGUGUUUGGGGCUCGGUCUAUUGUUUGUCUGGCAAGAUGGUCAACUAUGGGGAAGUAAUAAUUGUAUCUGGAAUCGACCACUUAUGUACCAUUUGUGCACAAAUAUAAACUACACCCAUGCAGACAAGCAGGCUUGUCGGGUUGUUACAAUGAAACGUAGAUGCUACCUGAUAAUAACCUGAUCUUCUGUGCUUUGCUUGUGAUCUGGUUGCACCAAUAUAGUAUUCACCUCAAGCAAACCUGUCUGGUAAUAAAUUGAUUUGUAGGGGAGUAUCUUGCUUUGAAGAGCUAUUUUCCUUGUGUUGCCAGACCUUUCUGUUUGGGGCUAGACCUUUGGCCGUGCAGCGGACUUUGUCAAAAAGAUAUGCCUGUCUUUUACCUUUUGGUAUAAAUCUAUCACUUCUUCCUAUUUAUGUACAUAAGCUCACAUCUGUUCUGGUUUUGUCAUUGGUUUUUGUUUUAGACCUUUUCAAUUGGUUACAUCUUACAUGAUCCUUCCCAACCAAGGUUACUGAAUUUCUUUUAACACAUCCUAUUGGCAAUUUUUAAAUAUUGCUGUGUAUAUAUAAUUUUUUUUAAUAAAGUCUUACUGUUCCUCA